GUGUCUGUUGUUCUGUGUUUACCAUGGCAAUACCAAAAUUUUCUCCUAAAGAUUUUACGAAACUCGCGUAGAUUGAUUAUUUUCCUAUUUUCAUAAAAAACUAAUUCAAUUUGUUUGGAAUUAAGUAUAUGUGCGGAAAAUUGUUCUUUCGCUUGAUAGUGAAACAUUUAUUUCAUCAUCCAAACUAAUUUGCAGCUUUAUCAUCCCGUUACUCCUAAUAUUUCGUUGCCACGUUUAGAAGGAAUUUUUGCUACAGAAUUCUUCAAAAAAUGAAUAUUAUUAUUUAAAAACAGGAGUUAAAAACGUAGCAAACAUGUCGAGCAUGUCAGACCGCAAGGCUGAGCUGGAGAGGAAGAAGGCAAAGCUCCAGGCCCUCAGGGAGGAGAAGGAUCGCCGCCGCAGGGAGAAGGAACAGAAGGAUGCAGAAGAAGCACUUCAAAGGGCAUCAGCCGCGUCGAGCCUGGACAGCCGCAGGGACUUGGACGAGAUGCUGUCAUCCCUCGGAGUGGCACCAGUUAAGGAUGUCCUGUCGUCUCUAUCAUCCAUGACAUCUCUAACACCACCACAGACAUCCUCGCCGGACGCCAGCCUCCCGCACACGGAUAAAUCAAGCUUACCGGCGAGUGGCGGUCCAAAGAAACCAACGCAGCUUCAAGUGGUGUCCGUGCAGUCGACCGACAUUCCACCGAAGGAGAACGUCACGUACGCCAAGCAGACUCAGACCACUGCCUCUGGUGUGAGCGAGUUGCGUGAUGGAUACAUGGAGGACUGGUGGCGGCCGCGAAAAGCACACGCAACCGACUACUACGACGAGUACAAUCUAAACCCGGGUUUAGAGUGGGAGGACGAGUUCACAGUGCUUACAUUCGACGGCGACGUGGCGCGGCAAGGCGAUGAGGAGGACGCUGCGUUCCACGGCAAACUGCCGCCGGGCAUACUGCCGCACGGCCUGCCCACCGUCAAGGAGGUGCAGCCGGCGGUCACCGCCGCGCCGCCGGAGAAGAAGGAUGACGAGAAGGAGAAGAAAGUCCGCGAGCUGAGCGCGGACGAGAAGCAGACGAUCCUGCUGUCGUCGGAGUUCCAGCGGUUCAUGAGCCGCGCCGGCCGCGUCAUCGAGCGCGCGCUCGCCGAGUCCGUCGACAUCUACACCGACUACACCGGCGGCGGCGACGGCGAGAACGCGCUGGACGACAAGUCGGACGCGCGUUUGUCGUUGGUGCGCACGUUCUACGACGAGCGCUGGUCUCGCGGCCGCUGCGUCACGUGCCUGGACUGGUCCACCGCCCAUCCGGAGCUGAUGCUGGCCUCCUACCACAACAGUGAUGAUGCCCCUCACGACCCGGACGGCGUGUGCCUCGUCUGGAACACCAAGUUCAAGAAGAACACGCCUGAGGAUAUCUUCCAUUGUCAGUCGCCGGUUAUGAGCGCCACGUUUGCCAGGUUCCACCCGAACUUGAUCCUGGGUGGCACAUACUCUGGCCAAAUCGUGCUGUGGGACAAUCGCGUGCAGAAACGGACCCCCAUCAAACGCACACCGCUCUCUUCACUCGCACACACGCAUCCAGUUUACUGCCUGUCGGUAGUGGGCAGUCAGAACGCGCAUAACCUAAUCUCGGUAUCAACGGAUGGUCGACUCUGCUCGUGGUCACUGGACAUGCUGUCACAACCGCAGGAGACGUUGGACCUACAGCAUCGGCAGAGCAAGGCAGUGGCCGUCACCAGCAUGGGAUUCCCACAUGGACUGGUUAAUAACUUUGUGCUGGGCAGCGAGGACGGGAAUGUUUAUACCGGAUGCCUGUACGGACAGCGCGCAGGCGUGACGGAGUGCGUGGAGGCGCACGCGGGGCCGGUGACGGGCGUGUCGUGCCACGCCGCCGCCGGCGCCGUCGACCUCGCGCAUCUCUACCUCACCUGCUCCAUGGACUGGAGCGUCAAGCUCUGGAGCCUCAAGGAGAACAAGCCGCUGUACUCGUUCGAGGACAACGGCGACUACGUGGUGGACGUGCGCUGGUCCCCCACUCACCCGGCACUGUUCGCGGCCGCCGACGCCGCGGGAAAGCUUGAUCUGUGGAACUUGAACAGAGAUACUGAGGUACCAGUGGCGUCGAUCCAGGCGGAGGGAGGCGUGGCGUUCAACCGCGUGUCGUGGACGCCGUCCGGCUCCCACGUCACCGCCGGCGACGACCACGGCAAGAUAUGGGUCUACGAACUCGCCGAGCAUGUGGCCCAACCGCGCCACGACGAAUGGAGCAAGUUCGUGUACACACUCCAAGAGCUGCGCAACAACCAGGCCGACGAAGAGAGCGAGCGCGUCAGCCUCGCGGCCAGCGGACCCUCCUCCCUCACCAGCCUCACGUCGCUCGCCUCCAACCCGCUCAGGUAACUGCAUCGCUGGGACGUGCGCUGCGGGUGGAGUCUGUAACUCCCACGCAAGGGGUGUACUGCACGCGUACGCUUGGAUAAUGGGCUUGGGGGAAUCUGGCGGAUUUAAAGUAUUAAUUAUGGGACUCGUAACGUGUAUUUUACUAGUACAUUUAAAACAUGUAUCUAGUUUACGUUCCGCCAGGGCGUUGCAUUAACUUUUGAUAAUCACAAUGUUCACUUCAGUAUCGGCCGUUUUCAAUUUACAAUCCCAAUGAUUCGAAGCAUGUAAAAAAAAACUGAUUGGGUCAUUUUUGCGAUGGAUGAAGAAAGCUAUAAGGAUCAUUGUUCAAAAUGGCAGUAUAUCAACCUCAUACAAUGUAUGAUGCACAUCAUCUACAUGUAUGAAGGCUAAGCGCGCCGGCGUUUUGUGUUCAGUACAGCCCGGUGUAUUUGAUUUAAUACUCACGCUGUAGGUACACAAGCUGUGUUUAACAACGCUAUGUCUAGUAAUGGCGUGUAAAAACUCAUUUCCCGCCGGUAGAUGGCGCUGUAAUGUAGUUUUUAAAAGGUUUCGUGUCUACCUUCAAUAGAGGAACAUAAAUAACAUCAAUAUUAUUAUACUGUGCAGUUUAAAUUGCAAUUAUGAUAAAUAAAAUUUAAUAAUUGUACUGGUCUUUAGUGCUUAUUUACGCGUUACAUGUGAUUUGAACUGUAAAAAUUGAUGUAUCAAAUAUCAAUAUCGGAAAAUGUGCAGAUUGCGUUAUAGGAAUAUCGAUGUAGUAAUAUAAACCGAUUAAAAUAUUGUAUUCAAAAUGCCGUAAACUCGAAGAUCUAGAUCAUUCAUCAUUCACCAUGUAAUUCCUAAAUUUAUCAAUGUUAUCUUAUAAAAAAAUUAUAAUGGGUGAAGAUAGCAAGAUAGUUAUGCAAUGAAAUGGAUGUUAUACAAAAAGCUACUAAGUAAAUGAAUGUUACACUACUGCUACUUAAAACUACCACUAGAUACACGUAAACUGCAAUAAUUGGUUAUAGGGACGAGUGGCGUACAUAAAAUACUUUUGAAGAAACCAUGGUGGCGUAGUCCUGGCGGUUGCCAGAGGUUCCAAUUUGUCAUUGAUAGAUCCGAAUGUAGUGUAAUGCCAGGACAAAAACAUCAAAUAUGGUCACAUCUACUAUCAUAAUGCUACAUUAACUUUGAUGGUUUACUAGCAGCUUUUUUUUCUGCUACAUAAAUGCUUAAAAACAUUGUAUUGUUGUAUGUUUUGUCUCUUUAUAUGAAAGGGAGAAAACAUUCUAUUGAUUAAGAUUUGUUUAUGAGCAUUUAUGGUUAGGAACAAUUGCAUAAAUGUAAGUCUACAAUAUACUGUUUUAUGGUGGAUAUGAAUAAGCAAUAUACUUAUCGCUUGUGAAAAUGAACCAAUCAGAAUAAAAUUUGUUCAUGCUUACAAAUUACUUGUUCUGAUUGGCCUAAUUUUGCGAUCGAUCCGAAGGUAGAUAUUAGGAUCAGUCAUUAAUCUAUAUAAUCUGCUAUCAAUAUCUUAAAUUGCAGUAAAGUGUAUAAUGUAUGUAUAUUUUUUCAGUAUAGAGUUUAACAUCUCUACAAGCUUAAAUAAGCUAUGAUAAAAGACUAGCAGUAUCUUUAGAUUAUGUGCGAAAUUGCAAUUAAAUAUAGAUGUAUGAAGGAAUUUCGAUAUGUAAAAUGGUCGAAUUUUAUGAAUUCAUAAUCAUUUUGACUACAGGGUGGGGUGUCUUUCCGAGUAUGCUGUUACUAUAGGAAUGUAUUCUGGUAGAUGUUUAUAAGAUUAUAUCUCAAAAUAUUUAGGUAUAUUCACAUAAAUACUUUUGUGUUAAUAAAAAUAUUUACGCAAAGGCUUUCUUUGAAAACUCUUGACUAUGUAAGAUAAUGAAUACUAAUUGGUAAAGUAUAUUUAUGUAUUUGUUAGUACACUUAGGGAGAGCACACAUUGUAUAUCCCUAUUCUGAGGCAGUUUAUGAGAGAUGGGGGCAUGGGUCUUAACAAUGGUGUGUGCUGACCCUAAAUAGAGCAGCUGUGUAUAAUUAUAAGUAGACUUUUUAACUAAUAACAGCACAUUUUCACAGAUUCUUAAUACAUGGAUGCUUGUAUAAACCCCUAAUACAUUCCUUGUGGUUAUUUUUAACUGAUCAAAGUUAACAUGUCUCAUUAAAUAUCAAAUAUUUAUAUAACUCAAUUUUAGUAUAUUAUAUAUUGUAUGUAAGUUCAGUAAGAUAUUUAUCUAAUGUUAAUAUUAAAUUAGUUGUACCUAUUUAUGCUUCAUUAUGUUGAAUAAAGCAUUGCUUUGUAAA